AUGGGAUGCAAAUGUUCUAAUACAGUUGUAAAAGGCACUGUGCAGGCUAAAGAUCAUAAAUCGACAGCAGAUGAUAUUAAAAGCAAUAAGGACUCGACUGUCAGUAAGAAAGAAACUACAGAUAUAAAAGAAGAAACAAAUGUAAUGGUUUCUGUUCUACAUGAGUUUUUGGAUGAUAUAUACUCUAGGGCUCUAGAAAAUGUUGCGAAAAAAACGAAAUUGACAGAAAAAAGAAUAUAG